GAGACUCGAAUAUCAAACACCAUUCCCCACAUGCACAAAACGUAAACAACGAGGCUGACAACAGAGUCGAUAAAAAGAAAAACUCCCCUGUUCGUAAACAACCGAAGGACACGUGCUUAGCAGCGAAUAAAAUAUUUUUAGUUGAGCGAUGCAGUGACAACCAAGUAUUUUGGUUUGACCUUCCCUAAAAAUUUCUUGACAAAAGUUUUCAUUCUGUUACUGUGUAGAGAAGUUAGCUGGCAACAAAAAAACAUGGGUUGCUGUGAAAAUAGAGAUCGUUGUUGCUCUAUUUGGCGAAUUGUUCAGUCUUCACUUGGAAUAUUUAUUGGCAUUUCAACUGCCUUUGUUUUUUAUCACAGUUAUCAUAAUGCACAAGCAGCUGGUUGGGCUCUGGCGUCAGGUGUAUUUGCUGCUGCUGCCUUACAUUUAGCAAUUUUGAUGCACAGGAAAACGAUAAAGAGUUGGUACUCUAUUUUACAUUUAAGAAGCAUUCAGUUGCUGGCAUUUUUGGUGACUGAUAUCUGUGUGGCUGCCUUUGUUUGGUACCUUUUUUAUGCUGCAUACUACAAAAUUCCCAUGGUUCCAGUUGAUAACAGUGCAAUUGUUACCUCAGUAUGGGUUUUCAUGACAGCUAAAUGGGCAUUUCUCAUUUGGUUAUUUGCCAGACUUGGAAUUAAAGAUGCAGAAUAUGAUUACAUAACUAAUAGUGACGGAUUUUAAUGUUUCUAAUGUCUUGUCUGGUUUAAUCGAUAGACGAUAAUAUAUGAACAAAAUGUCAGUCCAAAUUUUCAUGUAUUGGAGCAUGAUUGAGGUGUAUAUACCAAAGCCCUUACACAUACAGGAGUAAGUAAAAACGAUUCGAAUAAACCAAGUGGAAAGUUUACAAUUUACCAAUAAAGCCAUCUCAAAAAUGUACAAGAUGACUAAUAAAAGUAAAAUGCACUUAGAAAG